GAGAAACAUCUGUCCUGCAGCUGCUCUCUGCGUCUUUAAGCGAUAAAUGAGCACCGAUCAUCAGCUUCUGUACGCUGACGGAGGUGCAGAAAAAUCAGACCCCCCCCCCCUCUUUUUUCUCUCCUCCUCCGCUCCCUCUGCUCUCUCUCCCACUCAAUUUCUACCGCCGCCGAUCGACACUUGCAGCCAUUUUACGCAGGAUGAACCCAAUCAUGUCGUGAGGAAGGCUGGCUGGAUCACCUGGGCUGAGCCAGGAGCAGCAGCAGCGGCAGCAGCAGCGGAGCUCCCACACAGCCAGUCGGGAAGGAGUCCAGGAGGACCGAUCCAGAGGCAAAAUGGUGAAGAGGAAAAGCCUGGAUGAAAACGAGCCGGAAUGCGGGAAGGGAGUACCGUUCCCUAUCCAGACCUUCCUCUGGAGGCAGACCAGUGCUUUCCUGCGGCCAAAGUUGGGGAAACAGUAUGAAGCCUCCUGUGUGUCCUUUGAGCGGGUACUGGUGGAGAACAAGCUGCACGGGCUGUCACCGGCGCUGCUGGAGGCCAUCCAGAGCAUCUCCCGCUGGGAGCUGGUCCAGGCAGCCCUGCCUCACGUCCUCCACUGCACCUCAAUCCUGCUGUCGAACAGGAACAAACUGGGCCACCAGGAUAAACUAGGUGUGGCUGAGACCAAGCUGCUGCACACACUGCACUGGAUGCUGCUCGAUGCCGCCCAGGAGUGCAACCAUGAGCCCAUUCUGAGCCAGGGGUGGUCCCGGGGAGGUAGCAGCAGCAGCGCCUUCCUCCAGCCCGUGGGGAAUCAAGGAUCCUCCCCAGGUGCGCCCGGCUCUGGCUCCGGGUCGGCCCUCAGCGGCUUGGGGCCACAGCACAGCAGCUCCCUGCUGGAGGACGACGAGCACGCUCGCACCAAGUUGUUCCACAAGAGCAUGGCCACGGUGGAGCUGUUCGUGUUCUUAUUUGCACCGCUCAUUCAUCGCAUCAAGGAGUCGGACCUGACCUUCAGGCUUGCCAGUGGUUUGGUAAUAUGGCAGCCCAUGUGGGAGCACCGACAGCCGGACAUCCCUGCCUUCACUGCCCUCAUCAAACCAGUCCGGAACAUUGUGACGGCAAAGAGGAACUCCCCAGUCAACAACCAGUGUAGCCCCCACGGCUCCGCCAACCAAAGUCCCAUGGGUUUCCAGGUGGUCUGUGAAGCCGGCCAGUCGGAUUCCUCAUCUCUGGCAGCUGGUGAGCAGAGCUGUCGUCGUGCCAACUCGGUUGAGAAAGGAGGCACUUCCCAGCAACCCCCGUCUGCCAAAGGCCCCUCUAAGAAAAAGACUUCAGCUCCUGCCGGCCUCCCGGCGUCUCUGGCACAUCGAGCCCGUUACGCCACCUACUUUGACGUGGCCGUGCUGCGGUGCCUUCUGCAGCCCCACUGGACGGAGGAGGGCGUGCACUGGGCCCUCAUGUACUACCUGCAGCGCCUGAGGCAGAUCAUGGAGGAGAGACCCGAGCGCAACCCGGAACCCCUGGUCACACCUCUGCCACGGCCACGCAGCAGCUCCAUGGUGGCCGCGACGCCCUCGCUGGUCAACACUCACAAGACCCAGGACAUGAGUCUGAAGUGCAACGAAGAAGGCAAAUCUCUGAGCACAGAGACCUUUGCGAAGGUGUCUCUCACCAACUUGCGUCGACAGGCAGUUCCGGACCUGUCCUCUGACCUGGGCAUGAACAUCUUCAAAAAGUUCAAGAACCGACGGGAGGACAGGGAGAGAAAGGGCUCUAUCCCCUUCCAUCACACUGGGAAGAAGCGCCAGCGCCGCAUGGGUGUGCCGUUCCUGCUGCACGACGACCACCUGGACGUCUCGCCCACACGAAGCACCUUCUCCUUCGGGAGCUUCUCGGGCCUGGGGGAUGAGCGGCGGGCUUUGGACCGUGGUGGCUGGCAGGCCACUAUCAUGGGCAAAUUCACACGCCGAGGCAGCACGGACACAGCUGCCGACGCGGACAGCCUGAGCGCCAAACACUCCCACUCCCACCAUUCUCUGCUCCGGGACAUGCCCGACCACUCCAACAGCCACGGCGACAACACGGUGAAAGAAGUCCGAUCUCAGAUCUCCACCAUCACCAUGGCGGCGUUCAACACAACGGUUGCGUCCUUCAAUGUGGGCUACGCUGACUUCUUUACUGAGCAUAUGAAGAAACUGUGCAACCCAGUCGCUGUACCCGAGAUUCCUGUUGAGCCGCUCGCCUGCACCAACCUUCCACGGAGCCUCACUGACUCCUGCAUAAACUACUCCUGUCUGGAGGAGGGGGAGAACAUCGAGGGGACCAAUAACUUUGUGCUGAAAAAUGGCAUGUUGGACCUAACGGCUGUGCUGCGGGCUCUUUACGCUGUACUCAGCCAUGACAUAAGCUCCAGGAUCUGCGAUGUGGGGCUCAACAUCAUCGACUGCCUGCUGCAGUUGGGUGUUGUUCCCGGGAUGGGCAAGAAGCUGUCCAAGCCUGACAACAAGGAAAACCAGGAGGCCCGAACCAAAGACCCAGCAGGCCAAAGCCUUGGAGGCGGCGCCCAGGGAGGUGGACUGAUUCAAGGAGCUGGUGGGGGAGGAGAUGGAGGUGGAGGAGGGGGAGGGGGAAGUGGUGGAGGAAGCGGGCAGGGGAGCAAGGAUGAUGUAAAAAAUAACAAGGAUAAUGAUAAAAAGGAGGACGAGGGUUCUGGUUUUAGCACCCACCGGUUGGCUUUAACCAUGCUGAUAAAGAUAGUCAAGUCUCUGGGCUGCGCUUAUGGCUGCGGGGAGGGGCAUCGAGGGCUAUCAGGAGAUCGGCUCAGGAUGCAGGCCCAGAACUGCCUGACUAAUCUGUAUAAGCUGGACAAGGUUCAGUUUCGCCAAACAAUGCGCGAGUAUGUCAACAAAGACUCCCUCAAUAACAUUGUGGACUUCCUGCACGCAUUGCUGGGCUUCUGCAUGGAGCCCAUUACUGACAAGUACGGCAGUGCAGGUGAGAGGUCCAGGAGGGCGAAAAAAAGAAACAUCGACAAGGCGGGCUUUGGUAACAACUUCGCCACAGGGGACAACAAGUCGCUGGCGCAGAACAUGGAGGCGGUGGUGGUGGGCUGCAUGUUCAAGUCCCUCAUCACCCGCUGUGCCUCGACCACACAUGAGCUGCACAGCCCCGAGAACCUGGGUCUGUACUGCGACAUCCGCCAGCUGGUUCAGUUUAUAAAAGAGGCCCACGGUAAUGUGUUUCGGAGGGUUGCACUGAGUGCGCUCCUCGACAGCGCUGAGAAGGUCACUGCCACCAAAAAACCCGACGAGAAGGAGGACAGCAAGCAGUUCGGACCAAGGAGGUCUGAGGCGGGUGUGUCCGGGGAGAAGGGUCAGGUGUCCAGUGCUGCAGAUGAGUGUCGCAGCUGCAUCUCCAGUAGACCCCCCCAGACACCCGAACAUGACGAACAGAUCCCUGGCGCUCUUCUUGGCAGGAAAGACUUCUGGAGGAAGAUGUUUAAGUCCCAGAGUGCCGCCAGCGACACCAGCAGCCAGUCGGAGCAGGACACCUCGGAGUGCACCACGGCGCAUUCCGGCACCACCACUGACCGCCGCUCUCGAUCCAGGUCCCGGCGCAUUUCACUUCGCAAGAAACUCAAACUGCCGAUAGGCAACUGGCUGAAGCGCUCCUCCCUGUCUGGACUGACCGAUGGUGUGGAGGACCUGUUGGAUAUCAGCUCAGUGGACCGACUCUCCUUCAUACGUCAGAGCUCAAAGGUGAAGUUCACAAGCGCGGUGAAGCUGUCUGAAGGGGGCGCGGUGGGGCCGGAGUACGGCAGGGACGAGGAGGAGAAUUUCUUCAAGCGGCUCGGUAAAUGGAGGUCUGGCAGGAGGAAUCCAUCCAAGCUUCACCACACAGAAGAGAAAGAUGGGCCUCAUGGUUUUCAGGAGCGUUUAGCAGCCAGUCAGGAGGCCAUGAAAAAUAGGAACGUGGUGAAUCUGGGCGCGAUCCGGCAGGGGAUGAAGCGCUUCCAGUUUCUCCUGAACUGCUGCGAGCCGGGAACCAUUCCUGAUGCCUCCAUCCUUGCUGCCGCUCUAGACUUGGAGGCUCCAGUUGUGGCCCGUGCGUCCCUUUUCCUGGAAUGUGCCAGAUUCGUCCACCGCUGUAACCGUGGGAACUGGCCAGAGUGGAUGAAGGGCCACCAUGUUAACAUCACCAAAAAGGGCCUAUCCAGGGGUCGCUCACCAAUAGUGGGUAACAAAAGAAACCAGAAGCUCCAGUGGAAUGCUGCCAAACAUUUCUGCCAGUGGGGAGAUGCAAUCGGCACAAGGCUCAGUGAGCUCUGUCACUCGGACAGUGAGAGUCCUGCCAACAUUCUGGGUUACAUUUAUGAUGAAGAGACCAAGCGGAGAAUGAGAAAAGAAGACGAGGAGGAGGAUUAUUUGGAGGACAACACAGUGAACCCCACAAAAUGCGGCUGCCCUUUUGCUCUGAAGAUGGCCGCCUGUCAGCUGUUGUUGGAAAUCACCACCUUCCUGAGGGAGACGUUCCCGUGCUUACCUCGCCCCCGAACUGAGCCGCUUGCAGACCUGGACAGCUGCCGUCUGCGUCUGGAUCCAGACCUCGGCCGCCAUCGCUACGAGAGGAAGAUCAGCUUUGCGGGCAUCCUCGACGAUGAAGAUGGACACGAUUCUCUCAACAGCAGCAGCCACACUCUAAAGUCUGACACCACGGUAGAUGAGAAGAAGACCCAGGAGGCCCAGGCACCUGUCAGGAAGAUCCGCAUCGGAGGCGCUCGGCUGCUUCAGAUCAAAGGGGCCCGCAGUUUCCGUGUGAAGAAGGGUGGCUCCCUGUCUUCAAUCCGCCGGGCAGGGAGCCUGAAGAGCACCAAGCUGUCCCGGCAGGACUCCGAAUCGGAGAAUGAAGAAGGGCUGCUGUCACAAACGCAGAGCAGGGACACCGUCACCGACAUUGGAAGUCCCUUCAGCACCAGUGAACCCAGCAUUGAACCUGAGGGCCAGGGCUCGGGAGGAGCUGAAGACAACUACCACCGCAACAUGUCCUGGCUUCACAUUAUGAUUCUGCUGUGCAACCAGCAGAGCUUCAUCUGCACACAUAUAGACUUCUGUCACCCGCGCUGCUACCAGCACCAUGGCCGCUCCUGUGCCCGCCUCGUCCGUGCCAUAAAGCUUGUUUACGGCGAGACGGUGGACAGUCUGAGAGAGGACAGUGCCUCUGGCAACGUCGGAGGACGCGCAAAGAAGACCAAGGAGUGUUCGGAUAAAUCUUGCCUGAGAACUCCGUCCAUGAAGAGAAAACCAACCGACUCCAACACAGAAGGGAAGAAGGACACUGGCAUGCUCAAGUACAUCCGCAACCAGGUGAUGAGUUUGUCCCCAGCUCCUCUUUCACUGCUGAUCAAGGCUGCACCCAUCCUCACUGACGACAUGUACGGAGACAUCCAGCCGGCUGCCUGGGAGCUGCUGCUCAGCUUGGAUGAACAUAUGGCUGCUGCAGCUGCCGCCAUGUUCCUCCUUUGUGCUGUCAAGGUGCCCGACGCGGUGACCGAAAUGAUGAUGGCGGAGUUCCAGCACCAGGAAGCAUGUCAGCGCAUCAACUCCAUCCUUAAGUUCUACACACUGUGGCGAUUUCGCUAUCAGGUGUGGCCUCGCAUGGAGGAGGGAGCCCAGCAGAUCUUCAAAAUCCCGCCGCCAAGCAUCAACUUCACUCUGCCGUCUCCAAUCCUGGGCAUGCCUUGUGUCCCCAUAUUUGACCCCCCUUGGGUGCCGCAGACCACCGGCAGCGUGCAGGACCCAAUCAAUGAAGACCAGUCUAAAUCCUUUUCUGCGCGGGCGGUGUCGCGCUCCCACCAGCGAGCCGAGCACAUCCUAAAGAACCUGCAGCAGGAGGAGGAAAAGCGGCGCCUAGGCCGCGAGGCCAGCAUCAUCACGGCCAUCCCCGUGGCUCAGGAGGCUUGUUACGAGCCCACCUGCAGCCCUCCACCAGAGCAGGAAGAGGAAGCAGAAGAAGUGGUGAACCUGGCAUCCCGCCGUCUGUCCGUCAGCCCGUCCUGCGCCUCCAGUAACUCUCACAGGAACUACUCCUUCCGCCGUGGCUCGGUCUGGUCCGUCCGUUCAAUGGCCAGUGCAGAAGAUGAAGAAAACACAACGGACCACACCCCUACCCACCACAUGCUUCAGCCACCUCAAGCAGUCUUCCCAGCAUGCAUCUGUGCUGCAGUCUUACCAAUAGUCCACCUCAUGGAAGACGGAGAAGUCAGAGAGGAUGGCGUGGCUGUGAGUGCUGUUGCCCAGCAGAUCCUCUGGAACUGCCUUAUUGAGGAUCCCGCUCUGGUUCUCCGCCAUUUCCUGGAAAAGCUCACCGUGAGCAACAGACAGGAUGAGCUGAUGUUCAUGUUGAGGAAGCUGCUGCUAAACAUUGGGGAUCUGCCCGCUCAGACCUCUCAUAUCCUCUUUAACUACCUGGUGGGGCUCAUCAUGUACUUUGUGCGCACCCCUUGCGAGUGGGGAAUGGACGCCAUCUCGGCCACGCUGACCUUCCUGUGGGAGGUGGUCGGCUACGUGGAGGGCCUAUUCUUUAAAGACCUAAAGCAGACCAUGAAGAAGGAGCAGUGCGAGGUCAAACUGCUCGUCACUGCCUCUAUGCCAGGAACUAAAACGCUCGUGGUACAUGGCCAGAACGAGUGUGACAUCCCCACUCAGCUGCCGGUCCAUGAAGACACCCAAUUCGAUGCCUUGCUGAAGGAGUGCCUUGAAUUUUUCAACAUCCCUGAAGCCAGAUCAGCGCACUACUUCCUGAUGGACAAAAGAUGGAACCUCAUCCACUACAACAAGACGUAUGUCAGGGACAUCUACCCAUUCCGGAGGUCAGUUUCUCCUCAGCUCAACCUAGUCCACAUGUUGCCUGAGAAAGGACAGGAGCUGAUCCAGAAACAGGUGUUCACCCGUAAACUGGAGGAGGUUGGUCGGGUCCUCUUCCUGAUAUCUCUUACCCAACACAUGCCAGCCGUGCACAAGCAGUCCCAUGUCUCCCUGCUGCAAGAAGACCUGCUGCGACUUCCCUCCUUCCCUCGAACUGCCAUUGAUGCAGAGUUCUCCCUCUUCAACGAGCCACAAGGGAAGGAGUUGUUCGGCCUGGACACCCUCCACAAGGUGCUGUGGAUCAAGCUGCUGGAGGAAAUGUUCCUGGGCAUGCCCAGCGAGUACCCCUGGGGGGACGAGAUGAUGCUGUUCCUCAACGUCUUCAACGGAGCGCUGCUGCUUCACCCGGAGGACAGCUCCCUCCUCAGGCAGUACACCGCCACCGCCAUUAACACGGCCGUCCACUUCAACCACCUCUUCUCGCUGAGCGGAUACCAGUGGAUCCUCCCCACAAUGCUCCAGGUCUACGCGGACUACGAGAGCAACCCUUUGCUGCGACAGGGAAUCGAGUUUUGCUGCCGGCAGUUCUACAUCCUUCACCGGAAGCCCUUCAUCCUCCAGCUGUUUGCCAGCGUCGCUCCUCUGCUCGAAUUCACCACGAGCACCAGCACCGGUUUAUCAAAGGGAGUGUCGGCCCAGUGUCUGUUCGAUCUGCUGGUGUCUUUGGAGGGGGAAACCCAGGACGCUCUGGAUGCUCUGGAGCUGGUCAAGGCAGAGAAACCACUCCGCUCUCUGGACUUUUGCUACGGCAAUGAAGACUUAGCCUUCUCCAUCAGUGAGGCCAUCAAGUUGUGUGUAACUGUUGUCGCCUACGCGCCUGAAUCCUUCAGGAGUCUUCAGAUGCUGAUGGUGCUGGAAGCUUUGGUUCCGUGCUUCCUUCAGAAGCUCAAGAGCAACACGGCAACAAUGGAGUCCGCGUCUGCCGCCAGGGACGAGAUAGCGGCCAUCGCUGCGAUGGCCACAUCCCUGCAGGCUCUCCUCUACAGCUCUGAGACCCUCACCAGACCAAUGACCGCCCCACAGAUGUCGCGCUGUGAUCAGGGCCACAAGGGAGGCACCACAGCCAACCACGCUAUGUCCGGAGGCGUCAACACCAGGGAUAAUCUCCACCUACUGGAGGAGGGUCAGGGCAUGCCAAGAGAGGAGCUGGACGAGCGCCUCGCCAGGGAGGAGUUCCGCCGGCCGCGAGAGUCCCUGUUAAACAUCUGCACAGAGUUUUAUAAACACUGCGGACCUCGACUCAAGAUUCUGCAGAACAUCGCUGGAGAGCCUCGGGUCACUGCUCUGGAGCUACUGGACAUCAAAUCCCACAUGAGACUGGCAGAGAUCGCCCAUGCUUUACUCAAGCUUGCACCCUACGACACCCUGACCAUGGAGAGCCGAGGCCUGCGGCGCUACAUCAUGGAGAUGCUCCCCAUCACCGACUGGUCAUCUGAGGCUGUGCGCCCCGCCCUCAUCCUCAUCCUCAAGAGGCUGGACCGCAUGUUCAACAAGAUCCACAAGAUGCCCACGCUCAGGUGCGCUCGCCCACAGGCACUGUGCACCAGGAGACAAGUGGAAUGGGAGGCGGCCAGCAAUCUGAUUGAGGGAAUUUGUCUGACCCUGCAGCGCCAGCCAAUCAUCUCCUUCCUCCCACACCUACGCUCACUGAUCAAUGUCUGCGUGAACCUGGUGAUGGGUGUGGUCGGUCCCUCCAGCGUGGCAGAUGGGCUGCCCCUCCUCCACCUCAGCCCAUACCUCUCUCCUCCACUUCCUUUCAGUACGGCCGUCGUCCGGCUGGUUGCUCUGCAGAUUCAAGCCUUGAAAGACGACUUCCCUCUCAGUCAUGUGAUCUCGCCUUUCACCAAUCAGGAGAGGCGAGAGGGGAUGCUUCUCAAUCUGCUCAUCCCUUUUGUUCUUACAGUGGGUUCUGGAAGCAAAGAUAGCCCCCACCUUGAGCAGCCAGAGAUCUUUCUGCUCCUUCAGACUGUCAUCAACAUCCUGCUGCCUCCUCGGAUCAUCUCUACCUCCCGCACCAAAAACUUCAUGUUGGAUGCGUCGCCGGCUCACUGCUCUACGCCCGGAGACACAGGAAAGGAUCUGCGUAGGGAGGGAUUAGCAGAGUCCACCAGCCAGGCUGCAUAUCUUGCUCUGAAGGUGGUGCUGGUUUGCUUUGAACGUUCGCUGGGAAACCAGUGGUAUCGUCUGAGUCUGCAAGUUAAAGAGAUGGCUCUGAGGAAGGUGGGUGGCUUGGCUUUCUGGGACUUCAUCGACUUCAUUGUGCGGACCCGCAUCCCCAUCUUUGUCCUUCUGAGACCCUUUAUACAAUGCAAGUUACUGACCCAACCAGCUGACUCCCAGGAGGAGAUUACAGCACGCCACCACAUCGCUGACCAGCUGGAGCGGCGCUUCAUCCCAAGACCUCUCUGCAAGAGCUCACUCUUUGCCGAGUUCAAUAAUGAACUAAAGAUCCUCAAAGAGGCUGUCCACAGUGGCUCAGCAUACCAGGGAAAGACGUCAAUCAGCACAGUUGGCACCUCUACGUCAGCCUACCGGCUCAGUUUGGCCACCAUGUCGCGCUCCAAUACGGGCACUGGCACGGUUUGGGAACAGGAUAGCCAGCCGUCACGCCAACCAUCCCAGGACACGCUCAGCCGCACUGACGAGGAUGACGAAGAGAAUGACUCGAUGAGUAUUCCCAGCGUUGUGAGUGAGCAUGAGGCUUUCCUGCCCAGGGUAAUGUCACAGCGCCGUUUCUCCAGCCACGCCACCGGCUCUGCGACUUUGCCGCCUGAGAAUCCCCGCACCACCAUGCUGCCCAGCCAAAGUGAGCCAAAUGUGCUAGAUGAGUCCCAGGGCCUUCUGCAGGAGGGUAACCUCUCUAGGGUUGCAAGCGUGCAAAGUGAACCUGGCCAGCAGAACCUUCUAAUCCAACCUCCAUUAGGAAGGAAGCGUGGACUAAGACAGCUACGACGCCCCCUACUGUCCAUUCCAAAGACUGAGCCCCGAGGCCGUUCAGGGGCUAGACUCUCCACAACCCGAAGAAGCAUCCAGCCUAAAAACAAACCUCUGGAAACUUUAUUGGACUGUGAAGCGCAUGGGGACCAGAAGAGGUCUGUCACCUUUACAGAGACUCAAGGCCAGCAGGCGUCUCCCGGCACUGCAGAUCCUCCAGGUGAAGGCAAGAAGGCCAGUCCAGCUCCAUCAAAGUCCCCCACACUGGAAGUGCCCUCUGUCACCUCAGCCACAGUCACAGCUAACACACAGGUUCUUUCAAGCAUGAGCAGCAAGGAGAAGAGGGAGCAGUGGGGGCUCCGCAGCAGCCUCUCCCCUCCACCUUCCAUCUCCCGACCCUCCACCCCAACUCCUCCCUCCCGGACCUGCUCCCCCCUCCCUCUCUCUCGCACCUCCUCCCCACUGCCUCCUCCGCUCCCAGUGCUAAGCGCGGCACCCGCCCCGGGUCCCCCUCCGCCACCACCGCUGCCGCCCGUCUCCCUGCUCCCGGCUUUGCCGUCCAGCAUCAGGGAGAGCCCCGGGGACGAGGACACGACGGCCCUCCUGCCCCGCGGCGACGCCCGGCUGCACCUCAGCGAAGAUGACGGCACAGAGAACCCGCUCCUCGCCCCACUGCUAUCCCCCGUGUCGCCCCGCCGCUCCCCCCGCCGCUCCCCUCUCCCUCUCUCCCCUGUGGACUUGGACCUGGACGAGUCCCACGUGUGAGAGGAUAGGAGGAGAGAAUUAUUCAUCACGGUUUAGGUUUCACAAUGUGACAAUCGAAAAGUUUAAAAGGACCGGAGUAAAGCUGGGGAUGAAUGUAUAUUACCUGCAGCAGAGAUCUACCUUAUUCAUCUUUUUUUUUAAUUAAGGUUCAGACUGUUUAUAAAUCAUUUCCUUCACAAAUUCAGAGAUUUAUUUUUUAAAUUAUAUUUUCAAUCACACAUAUGAUUUUUAGAUGUUAGAACUAAAUGAUGUAAGAGCUUCUAAAAGAUGUUUAUUUAAAAAAAGAAAACCCAAAAUAUAUAUACAUGUACAUUCACUGUGACUUCUACACUUACUGACGCGCCUGGUAGACAUACAUAAAAUGCCUUCCUCUUUCAUUGCAGUGUACAAUCACACACUGAUGACGUUUGUAAAAAACAAAAACAAAAAAAA